UUAACAGUAAAUGAAAGAAGCUUUUUAAUUGAAUUCCUCAUAAGAAUAUCAGGAAAUUAAUUAAAUGAGGUUUUUUGCAAAAAAAAAAUCAUGUGUUUUACAGUUGUACGAAGUAAGAAAUGAUAUUCACAAAAUUAUUCUCUUUCGGGUAAUACUACAGCAUUCUAUGGGUGAAAAAAAAAAAUGGAGUCAUAGGUUUCGUUCGGUGGUUGUGAUAAACUAGAAUUCUCCGUACACACAAGUAAUUUGAAAUUACGUCAUACCCUUCGCUACGUCGUAUGAGAUAAAUUCGACAUAGUGUAAUCAGUCUUAUCGCAAGUCAUUUACGGCUCACAGUUUGCUCACGAAGCAUGCGAGUCAGUGGUACUGUAGAUUAAGUGAAAUAAUUCCGUUUAAUAUGGCUAUCAAUGCAGUUUGUAAGGAUUUUUUAAAAGUUACGAACUAUUUUUGCAAAUUAUCAAAAUACAAUACACGUUUUUUAUCAAAAUAUUAUCCAAUUGACGAACAUAUUUUCGGUCUCACCAAUCAACAACAAGAGCUACGCACUCUAGCUUUCAACUUUGCACAAAAGGAACUUGCGCCGAAGGCAGCUGAGAUUGACGAGCAAAAUUCAUUUGCUGAACUCAGGGAGUUUUGGAAGGACUUGGGAAAAUUGGGUCUGUUGGGGAUCACGGCUAAAGAAUGUUACGGUGGUACCGGAGGUGGAUACCUUGACCACAUAGUUAUCAUGGAGGAAUUGAGCAGAGCUUCUUCGGCGAUAGCGCUCAGUUAUGGAGCCCACUCAAAUUUGUGCUUGAACCAGAUCCACAGAAAUGGUACCGAGGAGCAAAAGCAAAAGUAUCUACCCAAAUUGUGUAGCGGGGAACAUGUAGGUGCCUUGGCGAUGUCGGAAUCAGGAUCAGGCUCUGAUGUAGUGUCAAUGAAGCUACGUGCAGAAAAGAAGGGCGACUACUACAUUUUGAACGGAAAUAAAUUUUGGAUUACUAACGGGCCGGAUGCAGAUACGUUGGUCGUUUACGGAAGGACGGAUUUCACCACUGAAAAACCACAACAUGGAAUAACUGCGUUUAUCAUCGAAAAGGAAAUGGAAGGCUUCAGUACUGCCCAAAAGUUGAACAAGCUGGGAAUGCGAGGAUCAAAUACAGCCGAAAUAGUAUUCGAAAACUGCAAAGUUCCUACUAGCAAUAUUCUCGGCGAAUUAAAUAAAGGGAUUUACGUACUGUUUAGUGGACUCGACCUAGAACGCUUGGUACUUGCAGCUGGACCUGUCGGGAUUAUGCAAGCGUGCUGUGACAUUGCUUUUGAAUAUGCGCAUAACAGAAAGCAAUUUGGGCAACGAAUUGGCGAGUUUCAAUUUAUUCAGGGGAAAAUUGCAGAUAUGUACACCAGCCUGAGCACAAGCAGAAGUUACUUAUAUUCAGUAGGACGAGCUUGUGAUUCAGGUCACGUAAACCGAAAAGACUGUGCAGGCGUGAUUUUAUACUGCGCGGAAAGAGCAACGCAAGUUGCUUUAGAUGCGGUACAAAUUCUUGGCUGCUACGUGAUGCUAAACUGUACGAAAUCGGGGCUGGCACAAGUGAAGUACGGAGAAUGGUAAUUGCCAGAUCCAUCACCGAAGAAUACUCCUAGGCUUAUUCAAGAUUAUAGAUGUUCACUGUCAUUGUUCAGCAUGGAAAUUGUGGCUCACAACAAGGUACAGAUGAGCGGUAUCUGACUCGUGUGAUUACAGUACUUGCCGUGGCUUAUACUGCAUUUAUCACACUACACUUAUCGCUAAUUGCCCACUUUCUGCAGAUGUAACACAGCACAUCAUUUUUGCAACACCUGUAAAUGGAGGUUUAAUUUCAGAAUAAUUUUUAAAAAACUCAGAAGUAUUAUAAACAACUGGUAUUCAAAUAAAUACGUGUUUCAAGUAAA